AUGCCUCGCUACUCCCUCGAUUCGGAGCGCGCCGAGCAGGAGCCCCUCGACGGAUACGGCUACAACCACAACCACAAUCACAACCACAACCACGAUCACGACCAGAGACAGUACUCGCGCUCCCGCUCGCGAGGUCACCAGCAGCCUUACUACGACCAGGACCAACAAUACCAGCAGCAGCAACCGCCCUACCAAGACUAUCAGUCUCCCCGCCAGCACUCGCAGCAAUCCUCUCCCACCAGAAGCGCACACGGCCCGACCGCACAUCCCGACUCGUCCUACAGGCGCCUACAGAGGGAAGCAGCUCACCCAGCGCCGCCGCCGUACAUGGACACUGCCGCCGCCGCUGGUGCUGGUGUUGGUGCUACCACCGCCAGUUACAGCAACAUCAACAACAUUAAUAACAACAGCUACAACCCUUCACGGCAACAACCCGACCUCGUCUCGCCUCUCUCCCCCCCGCAACCGCCCGCACAUCGUGACAAUCUCGACGGCGGCUACUGGGGCCAGCAGGACAGAGAGUACGCGCCUCCACCAGCUGCCCGCCCACCACCCCCGAGCAACAUCACUCCCGGCGCCGACAAUUUCGGCAGCGCCGCCGCCGGUGGCAUGGCCGGUAUCGCCUAUUCCGUCGCCGACCGAAACCCGAGGGAGAGCGGGCUCGAGGCGACCAGAGGCAUGGCGCCUGCGCCGGACCUAGGCUAUCCCCAGCAAUCCUACCAAGGCCAGAGCCAGAGGCAGAACCAGCCCUACCGGGGAGGCGAUCCGUACGUCCAGCAACCUCAGGGCCUCCAGCCCUCCAAUUCGUACGGCAACAGCAGCUACGCCGGCGACAGGGAUUCUCACUCUAGUCUGCAGGGCCUUGGCGCAGCUGCCAACUCGCCAGGCUACGCAUCGCCGGCCAUGCGCACGCCCUCUAGGAGUCCGCACCGCUACGCCAGCGAUGUCUACACCGACGAUCCCUACCAGGGCUACACCAGAGGAGCCAACCCCAAUCUCGGCGUCGUCAAUCCUAAUGAUAUCGAGGACGACGGCGACGACGGUCUCGUCUACGGGCGCUCCGGCCAGCGAGGGCCGCGGACCUCGAUGCUCAGUCUAGGGGGCACCAGCAACCGAAGCGGGCGAAGCGGCAAUACGGCCACGGCAGCCGCAGUCGGCUCGAGCGCCGCUGUGGGUGGAGUCAUGGGCGCCGUCGGUGGUAUCAUGGCUCGCAACGCGCGCGGUAACAACAGCCCCCAGUACGACGCCGUUCACAAGGACGACCUGGCGGGAUACUACGGAGGGGGGGCGGGAGGAGGCGGCGGCCGCGGUGGCAGUACGUAUGACCUCGGCAACACUGGCGGCCGAGGGGGGCCGGAGAAGCCGUCGGCCUGGAUGGCGAGCCAGAAGGGCAACGGCAAGAAGUGGAAGAUAGCCAUCAUCGUCAUCGUGGCGCUUCUCAUCAUCGCCGGUAUCGUCCUCGGCGUGCUCUUUGGUGCCGUCUUCAAGGGCAGGAGUGACGGGUCGGGAAGCAGUGGCGAGUCGGCGGCGGACGACACGUCCAAGAAUGGAGACCUCAACAUCAACAGCCCCGAGAUCAAGAAGCUCCUCAACAACAAGGACCUGCACAAGGUCUUCCCCGGCAUCGACUACACACCCCUCAACACGCAGUACCCGGACUGCAUCCACAACCCGCCCUCGCAGAACAACAUCACGCGCGACGUGGCGGUGCUGUCCCAGCUGUCCAACACGAUCCGGCUCUACGGCACCGACUGCAACCAGACGCAGAUGGUGCUGCACGCCAUCAGCCAGCUCAAGAUGGGCGACACGAUCAAGGUCUGGCUGGGCGUGUGGCAGGACAACAACUCGACCACCAACGAGCGGCAGCUGGACCAGAUGUGGGACAUCUUGGAGCAGUACGGCGACAAGCCCUUCAAGGGCGUCAUCGUGGCCAACGAGAUCCUCUUCCGGAAGCAGAUGACGACGACGGAGCUCGGCACCCUGCUGAGCAAGGUGCGCACAAAGCUCGGCGACAUGAAGCUGUCGCUGCCCGUGGCGACGUCGGACCUGGGCGACAAGUGGGACGCGUCGCUGGCGCAGGUCUCGGACUACAUCAUGGCCAACAUCCACCCCUUCUUCGGCGGCAUCAACGCCAGCAAGGCGGCCAUGUGGACGUCGUGGUUCUGGCAGGACCACACGAGCAGCUUCUUCAAGUCGGACAAGUCGAAAAACAUCAUCUCCGAGACGGGCUGGCCGUCGCAGGGCGGCACCGACUGCGGCCAGCAGGGCGUCACGAGCUGUCCCAACGGCGCCGUGGCCGGCAUCGACCAGCUGAACCAGUUCAUGGCCGACUGGGUGUGCGACGCGCUCAAGAACGGCACCGAGUACUUUUGGUUCGAGGCCUUUGACGAGCCCUGGAAGGUGAGGUUCAACACUGCCAACCAGAACUGGGAGGACCACUGGGGCCUGAUGGAUGUCGACCGGAGCCUGAAGGCCGGCGUCAAGAUCCCAGACUGUGGCGGCCAGACGAUUGGACCCGCCUGA